CGAUCGAUCGCGGAGCGGAGGAGGAGGAGGAGGAGCGUGGAGACGAUGGAGGCAGCGAUCGAGAGUCGGGACCGGAGGCAGCGAGUGACCGACCACCGUAAUGGACGGGGUCGACCCCAGGGCGCUGGAAUUAGCGUCCCGGAGGACAAUUGACUCGGUGGACGAUCAGCCGCAGUGAGCGGCGCCACUGACCGACUGACUGACGGACUGACUGCAGUCGGUUCCUCCCAUGGCCUCGAGAAACUGACGGGGAAUUAUCUGGAUAAGUGGCAAGGCCCGGCAGCAAAACCCUGCGUUCUGCGCCAUCGAUAGCGAUCGGCUUCCUCCUUCUCUCCCUCCCUCGCUCCCUCCCUCCCUCCCUCGGGGAUCUCUGUCCCUUCAUCUCCUCCAGACUGCAGUUAGUGUCGCUCACUCGCCGGGCGGGCUCGCUGUGGUCGUUCUCCAUUUCUCGGCCAGCCGGUCGUGUGUGCAGCCCUCUCUCCCUUCCAUCCCUUCCAUGUGAGACAUCAGCUCGGAGGAUUUUGGCUGUUUUUCUGGCUACGCAUUUCUUUCUUCCUUUUGAGUGCUGGUGUGUUUUUUUUUUGGUGGGUAGUCAGCUCGUGUGGAGAUUUUGAAAUCUCCGGGAGUGGACGUAUACGGGAGGUUUGUGUUUGGCGUGGUGUGUGUCGAAUCCGUGUGGAUUCCGAUUCAUUGUAAUUGUUUUCUUCCUGCUGGCAGCAAUUGGACUAGUGUAGAUUGGGUGCUUGGGUGACGAGGUUGAGGAAUUGGGCCCCUGUUAUACAUUCUGCCCAGGAGCUAUGCCCCCCUUGGGGGCCUGUAAGCCCGCUGUCCUGUCCUGCCAUUCCGAAUUCUUCUUUUCAGCUCGAGCUGCCCCGUCCUGUUCUUCUCUGUUCGUGGGUCAUUCGAGAUUCUCUUUCGAGAGGCGAGUUGGUGGCGCAGGUUUGAGAUUGCAGCGAAAGUCGUCUGCCUGGGAGCACUUCCAGGAGUCUAGCCAUGCCUCUCGUUCACAGAGUGCCAAAAUAUUGAGAGCUCAGGAUGGAACGGGAGAAGCUGAACUUUUCUCCCCAAAUCGAGGGGAUGGAGAUCUUUGGAAGGUUUCGGCAUAUGGUGAACAGAUUCCAACACAAGCGGAGUCCGUCACCGGGGCCACUCAGACAAUUCAGGCUGAAUUUAGAUCCCUGCCAGACCUUGACUAUCUGCAGGAACUUCUUGCUAUCCAGCAAUCUGGACCAAGGGCGAUAGGUUUUUUUGGAACACGUAAUAUGGGUUUCAUGCAUCAACAACUCAUUGAAAUUUUGAGUUACGCGAUGGUCAUAACGAAAAAUCAUAUUUACACAUCUGGAGCAUCAGGAACCAAUGCAGCUGUAAUUCGAGGAGCUCUGAGGGCGGAGAUGCCUGAAUUGCUGACAGUUAUUCUGCCUCAGAGCUUGAAGAAGCAACCACCUGAGAGUCAAGACUUGCUUUCGAAGGUGAAGAAUGUGAUUGAAAUGCCUCACAAUGACCAUCUUCCUCUACUGGAGGCUAGCAGGCUUUGCAAUAUGGACAUUUUAUCUCAUGUGCAGCAAGUAAUCUGCUUCGCCUUUCACGACAGCAACCUGCUGAUGGAAACAUGUCGGGAGGCUAAAAGUCUUCGGAAAAUUGUGACAUUAUUCUACUUGGAUUGAAGAUGAAGUGAUUCUUAUGGUCAAGGGACUGAUAAGUGAGUACCAGUGAUUCACCUGGUUGUACAAUCGGUUGUUCUCAGCUCUGGCGGUCGGCCCUCUAGAGGCCCUUGAGGCUUGUAUUUAAAAGAGUAGGUUAAUUCUUUUGUGUCAUAUAAAACAUGGUACAAAGUGGGUAUCAGCAUUGUGACCUCUAUCAGGGGGUCCAGCAAGUGCGCCGUCCAGGCACUUGCUGUCAAGUGAUUGCAUUUUUUAAAAUAAAAUUUGCUGUCAAAUCUAGAAAAUGUAUUGAACUCUUUUUCUAAAAACAAUUUGUUUGC